CAGCAGAAAACAAAGACUGUGGUUCUGUCCAGGGUGCUACCAGCCUCACGGGAUCUUGGUGGAGCUCUCCAAGGUCCUGGGUUGGCCUCUGGUGCAAAAGUUUAACCCUGCUACAACACAGUGCCGGCCCCCAAGGGCAAGGAGAACAAACUGCACACCUAGAAACACUCCUGGGAAACGGGGCGCAGGGCUCGGCAGUGAGCGACGAUCCAGUCCAGUCGCCCCGCAAUGCCUCUCGCUCGGCUCUCAUUCUUGCCUUCUACCGGAGCAAGAAGACCCGCGAGCGCGAGCGAUGACGCACUUCCGGCUGCGCCGCGGCCGCGCCGUUGCCGAGCUCCAGCCCUUCCUUGAGAGGGAGACCAGGUGACGACCACCAUGCUCCUGACUGCCUGGCCCCAGGGCCCGAGCCAUGGAAUUGGCCCUAGGGCAGCGGGAACCUGUUGUUUCAGAAGUCGGUGACCUUCGAGGAUGUAGCUGUGUACUUCACCCAGACGGAAUGGGAUGACCUAUCUCCUGCCCAGAGGGCCCUGUACAGGGACGUGAUGCUGGAGAAUUAUGGCAAUGUGGCAUCCCUGGGGUUUCCACUUCUCAAACCUGCUAUGAUCUCACAGCUGGAGGGAGGAGGUGAACUGGGGGGCCCAUCCCCUCCAGCCCCUGGAGCAGGAGCACGCCCCCAGAACUCCUGGACUGUAGAUACUGGUAUCCAGACUGGCAGUCAGUUGACAAAGGACAGACACAGUGAGAAGGAUGGCACAUCCUUUAUGUGUCACAAAGUCUGCUCCCAGGAAACAGACGUCUCAGAAGUUCUUACUCCAGAGCCUCCACAGGAAGUCCACUCGGUGGGAAAUGCGAAGGUGGAAAAGAGCAGUGCCCUUGCUGGGACAGUGAAAGAGGAGGCAGACCCUGUAGAGGAGGGUUUCUCUCACCUGAGUCCAGGCAUGAGCGGGUGUCUUAGCCCCUGCACAGAAGGGCAGUCCCCUGUGUGUCCAGGAUGGAGGAAUGCCUUCAGCUUUGAUGUACAGCUUGUUACACAUGAGACAGUCAGUUCUGUGGGAAGACCUCCAAAACAUGAAGAAUCUGCAGAAACCUUUACCUGUGACUCUCGCUUUAAUCAGCCUCAAGAAAGCAGCACCGAGGAGAAGGCAUGUCAUCAGUGUGUGGAGUGUGGCCAAGGCCUCAGUGUUAAUGUAAAACUAGUCAGGCUUCACAGAGGGGAGUGCGGGAAAAGCUUCAGCUACAGCUCCCACUACGUCACGCACCAGACCGUUCACAGUGGGGAGAAGCCCUACCAGUGUAAGGUGUGCGGGAAGGCCUUCAGCAUUAAUGGGAGUCUGAGCAGGCACCAGAGGAUCCACAGUGCAGAGAAGCCCUAUCAGUGCAAGGAUUGUGGGGAUGGCUUUAGCUGUAGAUCCACCUUUAUCACCCACCAGAGGGUCCACACUGGGGAGAAACCUUACGAGUGUACGGAUUGUGGGAAAGCAUUCACCGUUAAUGCCAAGCUCAUCCAGCAUCAGAGACUCCACACUGGAGAGAAACCCUAUGAAUGCAGUGAGUGCGGGAAGGGCUUCCGGUGCAGCUCCCAGCUGAGGCAGCAUCAGAGCGUCCACACGGGAGAGAAGCCCUGCCGGUGUCAAGAGUGUGGCAAGGCCUUCAGCAGUAAUGCCAGACUCGUCCAGCACCAGAGAGUCCACAAGGGCAAGAAGCCCUACACUUGCCCUGAGUGUGGAAAAGCCUUCAGCGUCAAAGGGAAGUUAGUCCAACAUCAGAGGAUCCACACGGGGGAGAAGCCCUAUGCAUGCAGCGAGUGUGGGAAAGCCUUCAGAUGUAGCUCCCAACUUCGUCAGCACGUGAGGAGCCACACAGGGGAGAAGCCGUAUGAAUGUAGGGAGUGUGGGAAGGCCUUCAGUGUUAAUGCAAAGCUGACACAACAUCACAGGAUCCACACCGGCGAGAAACCCUUCCAGUGCAGUGAGUGUGGGAAAUGCUUUACUGCCAAAAGAAACCUUCUUGAUCAUCAGCGGAUCCACACAGGAGAGAAGCCUUACCAGUGUAAAGAGUGUGGGAAGGCCUUCAGCAUCAAUGCCAAGUUAACCAGGCACCAGAGAGUGCACAGUGGCGAGAAGCCAUUCAAAUGCACACAGUGUGAGAGAGCCUUCAGCUGUAGUUCUGAUUACAUUGUGCAUCAGCGGAUCCACACUGGCGAGAAGCCUUUUCAAUGCCAGCAGUGUGGGAAAGCCUUUCACGUCAAUGCCCACUUAAUCCGGCAUCAGAGAAGCCACACUGGGGAGAAGCCCUACAGGUGCGUGGAGUGUGGCAAAGGCUUCAGCUUCAGUUCUGACUGUCUUAUACACCAGACUGUCCAUACUUGGAAGAAGCCCUAUUUGUGUAAUGUGUGUGGGAGAGCCUUCAGGUUUGGAUUCCAACUUAGCCAGCAUCAGAGGGUACACAGUGAAGGAAAAGCCUAGCAGUAAGGAAGGUGUGGGGUACUGCCAGGGCUGGUGCCAUGCUGGGUCAGAUAGGAGCUUCACUCUGGUGGGAAACGCAAGAGAAAUGAGGGCAAUAGUCUUCUGUGGAAAUGUUUUUGUUCUGUUUUAUUCGUUUUUUAAUCAGGAAUGGAUGACCAAUUAAAAAGUCACUUAUUUUAAAAUACCAACAACCAAUUAGAAAGUAUCAUGGAGGAAAAUAGCCUAUUCCCAGCAGCAUCACACGAAGUUGAUUUUCUAGAAAUGGGAAAUUGUUUCGCAGGACCUCAAUGGAGAAAAUUACAGGCCACCAGAGAGUCGAAUAAAUAUGUGGGGAGAAGCCUUGUUCUUAAAUCAAAAAAUACAUAUAAUAAAGAUAUUCACUUUACGUUAAUUUCUGUUUAAUUUUUGACACCAAGCAUGCAU